GAGAAAAUAUUAAUAUUUCUUUUAAACUGCUGUUUUUAAACUAAUAUGUCUUCAUGAGAAGUAUGUAAACACAUACGUCUCAUGAAGACUUUAUAUGCAGCAGAUUGUAGUGUAAAGAUUCCAGUCCUUAAUUGAUAAUUUUGCCCGAUUCAUAUCAAUAUUUAUAGAAACACCGAAAUAACGACAUAGAGGAAAGUCUCGUAAAAUAAACUUAUCAUAAUUUGUAACGCAUUGUCUGGUUUGAACAAAGAUAAACAUUUAAGUACAUUUAAUGUGGAUUCAUACUUAAAAUCCAAUAUUUAUUGAGAGCAUAAAGUCAUCACCGUCAGUUUAAUCACGAAACAACACUCAAUCAGGCCAAUACAAAACUAUGAAUUCAAAUUUAAUAGCAACUCAGCGUUGGCUUUUAAAAUUAAACUUUGCUGCAUUCCCGGCAAAUCAGUGAAAAUCGAAUUACAUCACUCCAGAACUUCUUGUUAUGAAAGAUAACAGGAAAAUUGAAUUUAUUUUAUUAUUUUAUUUUAUAGUGGACAAUUAUAUAGCAAUUUCUAUUCUGUUACAAAUAUAUAACGUAUAUGUAUGUAUCGAAAAGUCUAAAAUACCACCAUCGCCUGGAAUAUGGCCUGAAUUGAAUAUAAGUCUUUUUUUUAUAAAACUCUUGUAUGAUGUUGUUACUUUUUGUAAACGGCAAUUAAUUGUUUCUAAAAAUGGUCAGAUUUCGAACUUUACUUGUCAUCAAAAUUGUUUACUUUUAAAAAUAAAAAAUAAAUAUUAAACCGGUCUCAAUAAUGGUACAAAAUAUCUAUGUAUUAUUUGGAAAAUAAAACAUAAUAACGUUUUCAAAUAUAUAUUUGGGUAAUGAGCUUUUGAUUACAUGCAAUAUGUAAAUCACGCGUAUCGUCAUAAACAACAUCAAGGUUAAACAAAGACGCUAUAUAAUAGUAUAUUUUUGGAUAUUCACAAAUGAACUCACAAUAUUCCUAAUAAGUCUAGUAUGUUCAAUAAUAAACUUAUUCUUGUAAACCUAUUUGUAAUUUGAAAUGUACGUAAUAUUUAUAUUUCAUGGAUUAAAUACAUAUUUUCGAUAAUUCUGAAUGUCAAUAGCCUCUCUGGGAUAAACACCGCUUGCCAUUUGUAUACCAAAAUGUGGUUAUUUACUCAUUUUGCCAAUGCCUAAACUAAUGAUAAAACACAUUUACGAGUCAUUUGUAAAUAUUUUCUGGCCAUAAAUAAUUAUGUAUAUAUAACAUUUGAAAAAAAAAGGAAUAAAAAAAAACAUAUGUGUGGGUGCUGUUCAAAAUACAGUGCAAUGACUUUUGGCAGUUUUAGUUGAUGAUAGUUGUUUGGAACGCCAAGAUGAUGGGAAGAUAUGAUCGACGGGUUCUCUCUAUAGUCUUCAGUACUCUGCUGCUGGGACGUGCUAUAGCAGCUCGAGGUCACACAGAGGUGAAGGUGGAACUUCAGAUUGAAAGGUGGGCGGCUCGUGGCGGCUCUGUCCGUCUCCGCUGCGUCCACGACGUGCCUCCUCACUUGCUGGAUAAGGUCGUUUUCCUUCGACAUGGCACCAAAAUCUUUCAAUACAUCAGGAACAGGAAGCCGCCGUACAGAAACUUCACAACACCUGGAGCUGUUCUUAAUAUCGCUUUAGCGACAGAGAAUUCAAUCACUCUCCAGAACCUGGAUUUUGCUGCCAGUGGUAGCUACUCCUGCGAAGUAUCCUUGGACACACCGAUAUACACGAAGGCUUCUAGUGAAAAACAACUCACCGUAUUUCAUCCUCAGAAGCACCAUCCACGAAUCGACUUUCCAACUCGCUACUUGAGCUUCGGUGAAACGCUAAAAGCGAAUUGCACAACCGCCCCCGCUCUGCCGGCUCCACAUAUCACAUGGUUUAUUAAUGGACAAAAGAUGGAUGAGCUGGUUGCACAUUCUCACAAAUUCCGCGUCCCAAUGAGUGAGAAGAGUGGAAGACGAGGUCUUCAAAGACUGAUGAACCACGAGGUCAAUCAGACUUCACCACCACCAAUACUUGCCCUUACCCACGUAUCCCAUGUAGCGACAAGGCCCCCUGGUUGUCUCCUUAAAGAAUCUCAGAUGCCAGAUGAGGCGAACAUGGUGCAUGGUGUCAGUCGUCACAGGAGUCGUAGACCAGGUCGCGGUCGAGACUUGUAUGUGACGGUGUCUGAACUACAGCUGGUGGCCACCGGGAGACUGGAAGUCAGUUGUGUUAGCACAAUUCCCGAAUUUAGGAGCAUCGAGGACAAAUUCGCCGAUGUUAGGAACGACACCGUUAUUGUGGAUGUCAUACAGUCAACAGUAGCUGAGCCGUCUACAAACUACACAGUCGCUGAAACUAGCACAUCACGUAGUAGUAUAGUUUUAACGUCCCUUUAUUUUAACAUUAUCGUCAUAUUAAUUCAUAUAUUUUGAUAACGAGUUACGCCUUACUAUAAUUAAAAGGGCUGUGAUAUAAAAUUUUUACACAAACAACAAAAUGUGUCAAGAUUGUUCACUAUACGUCGUGGGUGUGAGAGAAUACGACCAAGAUUGCAUGAAUUGAAUGUAUUCGAUAUAAAAAAAUAUAUAUAUCAAAUCUGUACGCUUAGCACAUGUCUGCAUAGUUACACUACAUACGAAGCGUUCCUCGUUUCUCAUUUAAUAACCUACAUUAUAACAUAGUUUAAAAAAAUGAAAACGAAUAACUGACUAAGCUCCGUAUGUACGAUGCAUGCUUGUGCUAAACAUAUUGAAUAAUACAGUUGUGUGUUUAUUUUGUAAUUCAUAACCAAACAUAAAGAGAAAGAUAUUGUUCUAUAAAAGAAGUUUAUUUUUAACAUUUAUUUUUAUCGAGAGUUUAAUGAGUGUAGCAAAAUAAUAGCAUAAUUAUAAAGUUUUGCUUUUAAAUUUCAUCAAAAAGAUAUUCACAAAAUUAUUAUAUACUCUUAGAUCGGCAUAAGGUAAUUUAUUAAAGUGCUUAAAUGUAAAUUACCGUUAUCGUGCCUAGAUUUUAUUGAAAUCGCCAAAGUAAUACAUAUCAGUUUCUCUAGGGUAUGGAAAUAAAAUUACUUAUACAUAAUUAUCAUAAUGUUUUUGUUAGGCAAUAUCUUUUUUUUUUUUUUUUCAUCGCAUUUGUAACGCAACCGCGUUAAUAUACCUAUGACGAGAUACGCUUUAGCAGUUUUUACUAUUAAGGUAAAUAUACAAAAAUUAUAACUACUACUCAAAACAAUUAUAUGUAUAUAAGAACCUACUAAAUUUGUUUAUUAAAUUGCAAAGCAAAUAGAUCACUUGAUUUCUAUAGAGAAAUGCAAUAAACCGUUUAUAUUAUUUAAAAAUGGAUUUCUAAAUAAAACUAUGUACUUAUAUUUAGUAUAAGAUAGUAUACGAACUUGUAAAUAUAAAACAUUUUUAUCAAAUUCUAUAAAACUUUUUCUUGUCACUAUCCUAGAUAUCUUAAUGCUUAGAUUAUGAAGGAGUAUCAUUAAAUAGUAUUUUUAUUAAGACUUAAUAAUAUCUUAAAUUCAUAUUAGAAAAAUAAAUACUAUAAAUAUUUUUUGUCCAUAGUCAGAUACAUCGCUUAGUAAUGAUUGUAUUAUCCUAAUAAUUAAAGUUUAAAUUAUAAUUUAUAUAACCUUCUUAAUGAAUUUUAAAAAUAAUCAAGAUGGACAUGCACGCUGUUAUUUAAGCCUUAACCGAAAGGAUUUAACGCAGUUAGAACAUUAAAUAUAUAAAUUGCCAAAAUUUAAUAUAACUCGUCAUAACUAAAGAGAAUUUUCAUGGAUUACAUUAAUCUAUUUCAUUACUUGCUGUCAACCUUAUGAGCUUUUCUAUACUUACUGCCAAUAUCUCACUAUCUUUAUAUUAAGGACAACGAAUUUCGACCAAUUAAAUAUGAGGAGAACUACGAUCAUAAUGCCUUUCCGUCCAAGGCUGGAUAAUGAGGCUUCAUAUUGGCUUCAAAUGUUCUGGGUGAUGUGUAUUUGGAAUAAUAUCGAAUGAAAGGGGAACAUUUAUUGAAUCAUUGGUGUAAUUAGAAAAAUAUUUAGGUUAAAAUAUUGCAACAACACGUUUAUUUUAAACAUCCUAGAUAGAAUUAAUACAAUUUAAAUAGGUAUUAUUUUACUUACGUACAAACAAACAGACAUAUCAAUUUUAAGUGA